AAGAGGGGCUCCCCGAGGCACCGGCCACACUGCAGCAGUUCAGGGAGCAGCUGGGCUCCUACGAGCAGCUCUACGAGGAGGUGGCUCGAAUGCAGCCCCUCUGCACCUUCCAGGGCUGGCUGAGGCUGGAUGUGCGGCCCUUCAAGGCAGCCUUGCUCAACGAGAUUAAAAGGUGGAGCUUGGUGUUCAAGCAGCACCUCCUGGACCACGUCACACACAGCUUGGCUGACCUGGACGAGUUCAUCCAAACUGCCGAGAGGGGUUUGAGCAGAAAGGUGGAGCAAGGUGACUACAGUGGCUUGGUGGAGGUCAUGGGUCACCUGCUGGCUGUGAAGGAACGUCACAGUGCCACUGAUGCCAUGUUUGAGCCUCUGAAGGAGACCAUUGAGCUGCUGAGGGCCUAUGAGCAGCAGCUGCCUGAGGAAAUUCACCAGCAGCUGGAGGAGCUGCCAGAGAAGUGGGGCCAGGUGAAGAAGCUGGCUGUGGCCGUGAAGCAGCAGGUGGCCCCUCUGCAGGCCGCCGAGGUGACCGCGCUGCGCCAGAGCUGCGCCGCCUUCGAUGCCCAGCAGCAGCGGCUCCGAGAGCGCUUCGUCAGGGAGGCUCCCUUCAGGUUUGACACUGAAAAGCCUUAUCAACUGCUGGAUGCAAAGCACAUGGAGAUUAAACAGAUGGAGUCAGCCAUGACCUCGAUUUAUGAAUCAGCUGGUCUGUUUGAAGUUAUGGUGCCAGAGUAUAAGCAGCUGAAGCAGUGCAGGAAGGAGUUGUGUCUGCUCAAAGAGCUCUGGGACAUGAUCUCCUUGGUGAACACCAGCCUUGAAGACUGGCAGACCACCAGAUGGGUGGACAUUAAUGUGGAGAACAUGGACCUGGAGUGCAAGAAGUUUGCAAGAGAGAUUCGAAAUUUGGACAAGGAAAUGAGGGCGUGGGAUGCUUUCAGUGGGCUGGACAGCAAGGUGAAAAACAUGCUGACAGCCCUCAAGGCUGUGGCAGAACUUCAAAAUCCUGCCAUCAGGGAGAGGCACUGGAACCAGCUGAUGCAGGUGACGGGCGUGAGGUUUGUGAUGGACUCGGACACCACCCUGGCCGACCUCCUCAAGCUCAACCUGCAUGAAUUUGAGGGGGAAGUCCACAGCAUUGUGGACAAAGCCGUGAGAGAAAUGAGCAUGGAGAAGGUGCUGAAGGAGCUGAGGGUGACCUGGAGCUCCAGGGAGUUCCAGUACGAGCCUCACCCUCGCACCCACACCCCCUUGCUGAAGUCAGAUGAGGAGCUCGUUGAAACUCUAGAGGACAACCAGGUGCAGCUGCAGAAUUUGAUGUCCUCCAAGUAUAUUGCCUUCUUCCUGGAGGAGGUGUCUGCCUGGCAGAGGAAGCUCUCCACUGCUGACUCCGUCAUCUCCCUCUGGUUCGAGGUGCAGCGCACGUGGUCUCACCUGGAGAGCAUUUUCAUAGGCUCAGAAGACAUCAGGGCACAGCUGCCCCAGGACUCCAAACGUUUUGAAGGCAUUGAUGUGGAUUUUAAAGAACUGGCCAAUGAAGUUCAGAAAACCCCAAAUGUGGUUGAAGCCACCAAUAGAGCAGGUCUGUCCCAGCAGCUGGAGGACAUCCAGAGUAGGUUGUCUCUGUGUGAGAAGGCUUUGGCUGAAUAUUUGGACAUGAAAAGGUUGGCUUUCCCCAGGUUUUACUUCAUUUCUUCUGCAGAUUUACUGGAUAUUCUUUCCAAUGGCACCAACCCACAGCUGGUGCAGCGUCACCUUUCCAAACUCUUUGACAACUUGGCCAGGCUGAAAUUCCAGGUGAACUCUGAUGAGAAGACAACCAAGGUUGGCCUGGGAAUGUACAGCAGAGAGGAGGAAUAUGUCCAGUUCAGUGAACCCUGUGACUGCAGUGGGCAGGUGGAGGUGUGGCUCACUCGCCUGCUGGACGCUAUGAGGGCCACGGUGAGGGACGGGAUGUGCGCAGCUGUGGCGGCCUAUGAGGACAAGCCCAGGGAGCAGUGGCUCUUUGACCACCCUGCCCAGGUGGCUCUCUGCUGCACCCAGAUCUGGUGGACAGCUGAGGUGGGCAUGGCCUUCUCCAGGAUGAAGGAAGGCUAUGAGAAGGCCAUGAAGGAGUACCACAAGAAGCAGGUGGCCCAGCUGAAUGUGCUGGUGACCAUGCUGCUGGGGCAGCUCUCCAGGGGCGACAGGCAGAAGAUUAUGACCAUCUGCACCAUCGACGUGCACGCGCGGGACGUGGUGGCCAAGAUGAUAGCACAGAAGGUGGACACUGGCCAGGCCUUCAUGUGGCUGGCGCAGCUGCGGCACCGCUGGUCGGACGAGGAGCGGCACUGCUGGGUCAACAUCUGUGAUGCUCAGUUCCUCUACUGCUAUGAGUACCUGGGCAACACCCCCCGGCUGGUCAUCACCCCCCUGACCGACAGGUGUUACAUCACCCUGACCCAGUCCCUGCACCUGACCAUGAGUGGAGCUCCUGCAGGCCCUGCUGGCACUGGCAAGACAGAGACCACCAAGGACCUAGGCCGUGCCCUGGGCAUCAUGGUCUACGUGUUCAACUGCUCCGAGCAGAUGGACUACAAGUCUUGUGGGAAUAUUUACAAAGGCCUUUCCCAGACAGGAGCCUGGGGCUGUUUUGAUGAAUUUAACAGGAUCUCAGUUGAAGUCCUUUCUGUGGUUGCUGUACAGGUGAAGAGUGUGCAGGAUGCCAUCCGGGAGAAGAAGAAAUCCUUCAAUUUUCUUGGAGAAGACAUUAACUUAGUCCCCUCAGUUGGGAUUUUCAUCACCAUGAACCCUGGUUAUGCAGGACGAACCGAGCUACCUGAGAAUUUAAAAGCUCUCUUCAGGCCCUGUGCCAUGGUUGUGCCAGAUUUUGAGCUGAUCUGUGAGAUUAUGUUGGUGGCUGAGGGCUUCCUCCAGGCCCGGGCCUUGGCCAGGAAAUUCAUCACACUCUACCAACUCUGCAAGGAGCUCCUGUCCAAGCAGGACCACUAUGACUGGGGUCUGCGGGCCAUCAAGUCAGUGCUGGUGGUGGCAGGCUCCCUGAAGCGUGCGGACCCUGAGCGGCCUGAGGAGCAGGUCCUGAUGCGCUCCCUCCGCGACUUCAACAUCCCCAAAAUCGUGACAGACGAUGUUCCAGUGUUCAUGGGGCUGAUUGGGGACCUGUUCCCUGCCCUGGACGUGCCUCGGAAGCGCGACCUGGAUUUCGAGGCCAUGGUGAAGGAGGCUGUGCUGGAGCUGCGGCUGCAGCCCGAGGACAACUUUGUGCUCAAAGUGGUGCAGCUGGAGGAGCUGCUCAGUGUCCGGCACUCCGUGUUCGUGGUGGGGGCUGCAGGCACAGGCAAGUCCCAGGUGCUGAGGUCCCUGCACAAAACCUACCAGAGGAUGAAGCGCCGGCCCGUGUGGGCAGACCUCAACCCCAAAGCAGUCACCAAUGAUGAGCUCUUCGGCGUCAUUAACCCAGCAACCAGGGAGUGGAGAGAUGGACUGUUUUCAUCAAUCAUGAGAGAGCUGGCCAACAUCUCACAUGAUGGUCCCAAGUGGAUGGUACUAGAUGGAGAUAUUGAUCCAAUGUGGAUUGAAUCUCUGAACACUGUGAUGGAUGAUAAUAAGGUGCUGACCCUGGCCAGCAACGAGAGGAUCCCUCUGAACCCCACAAUGAGGCUGCUGUUUGAGAUCAGCCACCUGCGCACAGCCACCCCGGCCACCGUGUCCCGGGCAGGGAUCCUGUACAUCAACCCCUCAGACCUGGGAUGGAAUGCCCCUGUGAGCAGCUGGAUUGACCGGCGGGAGGUGCAGUCGGAGAGGGCCAACCUGACCAUUCUGUUUGACAAAUACCUGCCCGUGUGCCUGGACACCCUGAGAGCCAGAUUUAAGAAGAUUAUUCCCAUUCCUGAGCAGAGUAUGGUUCAGAUGCUGUGUUACCUGCUGGAAUGCCUCCUGACAGAGGACAACACCCCUCCAGAUUGUCCCAAGGAGCUUUAUGAACUUUACUUUGUCUUUGCUGCUGUCUGGGCCUUUGGUGGCUCCAUGUUCCAGGACCAGCUCGUGGACUACAGAGUGGAGUUCAGCAAGUGGUGGGUGGCAGAAUUCAAGACAAUCAAGUUCCCUUCUCACGGCACAGUCUUUGACUUUUACGUUGAUCCAGAAACAAAGAAGUUUGAGCCUUGGUCUAAACUCAUCCCCCAGUUUGAAUUUGAUCCAGAGGUGCCACUGCAGGCCUUCCUGGUCAAGAAGGUGCCCUUUAACUACUACACCACCUCUGCCAUGCUGCAAGGUGUGCUGGAGAAGCCUCUGGAGAAAAAGGCUGGCAGGAAUUACGGCCCCCCAGGCACCAAGAGGCUGGUGUACUUCAUGGAUGACCUGAACAUGCCCCAGGUGGACGCCUAUGGCACCGUGCAGCCCCACACCCUGCUCAGGCAGCACCUGGACUAUGGACAUUGGUACGACAGGAGCAGGCUGUCCCUGAAGGAGAUCAGCAAUGUGCAGUACGUGUCCUGCAUGAACCCCACUGCAGGGAGCUUCACCAUCAACCCCCGGCUCCAGCGUCACUUUUGUGUCUUCGCUCUCUCCAACCCUGACCAGGACUCCUUGUCCAGGAUCUACAGCACCAUCUUGGUGCAGCACCUGGCCAGUGGGAACUUCUCAGAGGCUGUGCAAAAAUCAGCCCAGCAGCUCAUUGCCCUGGCCCUGGGGCUGCACAGGAAGGUGGCUGCCACGUUCCUGCCAACAGCUGUCAAGUUCCACUACGUCUUCAACCUCAGAGACCUCUCCAAUAUCUUCCAAGGCCUGCUGUUCUCUACCCCUGAAUGUCUGAAGCAGCCUCAAGACCUAGUGAAGCUCUACCUGCACGAGUCAAACCGGGUGUACCGGGAUAGGAUGGUUGAGGAAGUGGAUUGGGACACUUUUGAUAAAAUCCAGCAAGAGAUGGUGAAGAAAUGCUAUGAUGACAUUGAGGACACUUUAGAGCAGGCCAAACACAUGAAUAUUUACUGCCAUUUUGCCAAAGGCCUUGGGGAACCUGGCUACCGGCCAGUUCCAAGCUGGGAGGAACUGAACCAGAUCCUCGUGGAAGCCUUGGACAGCUACAAUGAAGUCAAUGCUGCCAUGGACCUGGUACUGUUUGAGGAUGCCAUGAGCCACGUCUGCCGCAUCAGCCGCGUCCUGGAGGCGCCGCGGGGGAACGCGCUCCUGGUCGGCGUGGGAGGCACGGGCAAGCAGAGCCUGACCCGCCUGGCUGCCUUCCUCUGCUCCAUGGAGGUCUUCCAGAUCACCCUGAGGAAAGGCUACAGCGUCCCUGACCUCAAGGCAGACCUGGCAAACCUGUACCUGAAGGCGGGGCUGAAGAACAUGGGCUCUGUGUUCCUUCUGAGCGAUGCACAGGUCGCAGACGAGCAGUUCCUGGUGCUGGUCAACGACUUCCUGGCAUCAGGGGAAAUCCCAGAUCUCUUCCCUGAUGAUGAAGUGGAAAACAUCAUCAGCAGUGUGAGGAGUGAAGUCAGGGGCCGGGGGCUGGUGGAUUCCAGGGAGAAUUGCUGGAGGUUUUUCAUCGAGCGCGUCCGACGGCAGCUGAAGGUGGCUCUGUGCCUGUCCCCUGUGGGCCCCAAGCUGCGCCUCCACAGCCGCCGCUUCCCGGCGCUGGCCAGCUGCACCACCAUGGACUGCUUCCAACCAUGGCCCCGCCAGGCCCUGGAGUCCGUCAGCCUCCGCUUCCUGCGGGACAUGGACACCCUGCAGGAUUCAGUCAAGGAUUCAAUAAGCAAAUUCAUGGCCCACGUCCACAUCAGUGUCAAUGAGGUGUCCCAGCUGUACCUGAGCAAUGAGCGCCGCUACAACUACACCACCCCCAAGUCCUUCCUGGAGCAAAUCAAACUCUACCAGAGCCUGCUGCUGAGCAAGGACAGGGAGUUAAAGGCAAAAAUGGAGCGCCUGGAGAACGGCCUGGAGAAGCUCAAGAGCACCUCUGCACAGGUGGAUGAGCUGAAGGCCAAGCUGGCAGCCCAGGAGGUGGAGCUGAAGCAGAAGAACGAGGAUGCUGACAAGCUGAUCCAGGUGGUGGGGGUGGAGACGGAGAAGGUGAGCAGAAAGAAAGCAGUGGCUGAUGAGGAGGAGCGGAAAGUGGCCCUCAUUGCCCAGGAGGUGGAGCAGAAGCAGAAGGACUGUGAGGAGGACCUGGCCAAGGCUGAGCCUGCCCUGGCAGCUGCCCAGGCUGCUCUCAACACCCUCAACAAGACCAAUCUGACGGAGCUGAGGUCCUUUGGGUCACCUCCUUCUGCUGUCAGCAACGUCACAGCAGCCGUAAUGGUGCUGACAGCCCCGGGAGGGAAGAUCCCCAAGGACAGGAGCUGGAAAGCAGCCAGAGUGGCCAUGGCAAGGGUAGACAGCUUCCUGGACUCCUUGAUCAAGUUCAACAAGGAGAACAUCCAUGAGAACUGCUUGAAAGCCCUGCAGCCCUAUCUGCAGGACCCCAGCUUCAACCCCGACUUCGUGGCCACCAAGUCGGCAGCGGCGGCUGGGCUGUGCUCGUGGGUGCUGAACAUCGAGCGCUUCCACCGCGUCUUCUGUGAGGUGCAGCCCAAGAGACAGGCCCUGGACAGGGCCAAUGCUGAACUGGCAGCAGCCCAGGACAAACUGGCCACUGUCAAGGCCAAAAUUGCUCGCCUCAACGAGAACCUGGCCAAGCUCACAGCCCGGUUUGAGAAGGCCACAUCAGACAAACUCAGGUGCCAGCAGGAAGCUGAAGCCACAGCCUGCACCAUCACCCUCGCCAACCGCCUGGUUGGGGGGCUCGCCUCUGAAAAUGUGAGGUGGGCUGAGGCUGUGAAGGACUUCAAACAGCAGCAGAGCACCUUGUGUGGAGAUGUCCUGCUGGUCACAGCCUUUGUCUCCUACCUGGGCUACUUCACCAGGAAAUACCGCCAGGAGCUCCUGGAUGGCAUCUGGAGACCCUAUUUGCACCAGCUAAAAGUGCCAUUGACGCCGCAGCUGGAGCCACUGUCAGUGCUGGCGGACGAGGUGGCAGUGGCGGCCUGGCGGAACCAGGGCCUGCCCGCCGACCGCACCUCCAGCCAGAACGCCGCCAUCCUCAGCAGCUGCCAGCGCUGGCCCCUCCUGGUGGACCCCCAGCUGCAGGGCAGCAAGUGGAUCAAAAACACCCACGGGGAUGCGCUCCGGGUGAUCCGAGCUGGGCAGAAAGGGUAUCUGGACACACUGGAGCAAGCCCUGGCUGCUGGAGACCUGGUUUUGAUUGAGAACCUGGAGGAAUCCGUGGAUCCUGUGCUGGGGCCAUUACUGGGGCGAGAAACAAUCAAGAAAGGCAGGUACAUCAAGAUUGGGGACAAGGAGUGUGCCUUGCACCCUGCCUUCCGUCUGAUCCUGCACACCAAGCUGGCCAACCCCCACUUCCAGCCCGAGCUGCAGGCCCAGUGCACCCUCAUCAACUUCUCUGUCACCCGCGACGGCCUCGAGGAGCAGCUGCUGGCGGCCGUGGUGCGUCUGGAGAGACCCGACCUGGAGGAGCUGAAGUCAGAUCUCACAAAGCAACAGAAUGAAUUCAAGAUCACCUUGAAAACGUUGGAGGACAAUUUGCUCUCUCGGCUGUCAUCGGCAUCUGCGAAUUUCCUGGGAGACACAGCGUUGGUGGAGAACCUGGAGAGCACUAAGAGGACAGCUGCAGAGAUAGUGGAGAAGGUGCAGGAGUUUAAGGUGACAGAAGGCAGGAUUAACGAGGCCAGGGAGCAGUACAGGCCCGCGGCCUGCCGUGCUGCCAUGCUCUACUUCACCAUGAACGAACUGCACAACGUCCACCCCAUGUACCAGUUCUCCCUGAAGGCAUUCCAGGGGGUGUUCCAGAAGGCCAUGGAGAGGGCAGCCCCUGCUGAGAGCCUGGCAGGGCGGGUGCUGAGCCUCACAGACAGCAUCACCUUCUCCGUGUUCCAGUACACAGCCCGGGGGCUCUUCGAGAGGGACAAACUGACCUUCACUGCCCAGCUCACCUUCCAGAUACUUCUGAUGAAUAAAGAAAUUGAACCAGCAGAACUGGAUUUCCUGCUCAGAUACCCAGCACAGCCUGGAGUCACAAGCCCUGUGGAGUUCCUGUCUGACCUUGCCUGGGGAGGAAUCAAGGCUCUCUCAUCCAUGGAGGAAUUCAGAAACCUGGAUCGGGACAUCGAGGGCUCUGCGAAACGGUGGAAGAAGUUUGUGGAGUCUGAGUGUCCAGAGAAGGAGAGGUUCCCCCAGGACUGGAAGAACAAGUCAGCCCUGCAGCGCCUGUGCAUCCUGCGUGCCCUGCGGCCCGAUCGCGUCCCCUGCGCCAUCAGAGAUUUUGUAGAAGAAAAACUGGGCAGCAAAUAUGUGGUGGGGAGAUCCCUGGAUUUUGCAACGACCUUUGAGGAGUCAGGGCCUGGCACCCCCAUGUUUUUUAUCCUGUCCCCAGGAGUGGACCCACUGAAGGAUGUGGAGAAGCAUGGGAAGAAGCUGGGCUACACCUUCAACCACAGGAACCUGCACAACGUUUCCCUUGGGCAAGGCCAGGAGGUGGUGGCUGAACAAGCUCUGGAUGUGGCUGCAAAGGAGGGACACUGGGUCAUCCUCCAGAACAUCCACCUGGUGGCCAAGUGGCUGAGCUCCCUGGAGAAGAGGCUGGAGCAGCUGAGCCAGGGCAGCCACCGGGAUUUCCGCGUGUUUCUGAGCGCGGAGUCGGCACCAUGCCCGGAGAGCCACAUCAUCCCCCAGGGCAUCCUGCAGAACUCCAUCAAAAUCACCAGCGAGGCGCCCACCGGCAUCCACGCCAACCUGCACAAGGCCCUGGACAACUUCAGCCAGGACACCCUGGAGAUGUGCAGCCAGGAAAAGGAGUUCAGGAGCAUCCUCUUUGCCCUGUGCUAUUUCCACGCAGUGGUGGCGGAGCGGCGCAAGUUUGGCCCCCAGGGCUGGAACCGCCCGUACCCCUUCAGCACUGGGGACCUCACCAUCUCUGUCAACGUGCUCUACAACUACCUGCAGGCCAGCUCCAAGGUCCCCUACGAUGACCUGCGCUACCUCGUGGGUGAGAUCAUGUAUGGAGGGCACAUCACGGAUGACUGGGACAGGCGGCUCUGCAGAACCUACCUGGAAGAGUUUAUCAAGCCAGAAAUGCUGGAGGGAGAGCUCUGCCUUGCUCCUGGAUUUCCCCUCCCAGGGAACAUGGAUUAUAAUGGCUAUCACCAGUACAUAGAUGAUGCCCUGCCUCCAGAGUCCCCCUACCUGUACGGCCUCCACCCCAACGCCGAGAUCGGGUUCCUGACGCAGCGCUCGGAGCGGCUCCUGCGCACCGUGCUGGAGCUGCAGCCCCGUGACAGCAGCACAGGCCAGGGAGCUGGGGGCACCCAGGAGGAGAUGGUGCAAACCCUCCUGGAGGAGAUGUUAGAGAAGCUCCCGGACGAGUUCAACAUGGCAGAGCUGCUGGCCAGGCUGGAGGAGAGGACUCCCUACGCCGUGGUUGCCCUGCAGGAGUGCGAGCGCAUGAAUGCGCUCACGGCCGAAAUGCGGCGCUCGCUGGGCGAGCUGGAGCUGGGCCUGAAGGGGGAACUGACCAUGACCAGCGAGAUGGAGACCAUGCAGAACUCCCUCUUCUUUGGCACCGUGCCUGAGUCCUGGGUGAGGAGAUCCUACCCUUCCACAGCCAGCCUUGGAUCAUGGUUUGCUGACCUGCUGGCCCGCAGCAGCGAGCUGGAAGCCUGGACCAGGGACUUCUCCUUGCCCUCCACGCUGCGGCUCGGAGGGUUCUUCAACCCCCAGGCCCUCCUGACAGCCAUCAUGCAGAGCACAGCCCGCAAGAACAGGUGGCCCCUGGACAGGAUGGCGCUGCAGUGUGACGUGACCAAGAAGAGCAGAGAGGAUUUUGCCAGUGCUCCUCGUGAGGGGGCCUAUGUGCACGGGCUGUUCAUGGAGGGAGCACGCUGGGAUGUUCAGGCCGGGACCAUCACGGAGGCCAGGCUCAAGGAGCUGACCCCAGCCAUGCCUGUGGUGUUCAUCAGGGCCAUUCCUGAUGACAAGCAGGACACCAGGGGCUUGUAUCCGUGUCCUCUGUACAGAACACGCCAGAGAGGCCCGACCUAUGUGUGGACUUUUAACCUGAAAACCAAGGAGAACCCAUCCAAGUGGGUGCUUGCUGGGGUGGCCCUGCUGCUCCAGGUCUGAGGCACCAGCACAGGCCCUGCUCUGCAAACCCCUCACAAUGUCACAGCAUCUAAACAGUUCAGUGCUGAGAUUAACAAAUUCCAUCUCUCUGAUGGACUCCCAGGUUAUCUCUGUGUCCUGCGGAUGUGACCCAACAGGGCCUGUGAGGAGGGGACAGAGGUGCAGGGGACACGGCCCAGGUUGGUGGCUGCUGUACAUCAAUAUCCUGUAAUUCCUGCACUGCUGCACUCUCGGGUUUGGUGUUGCUGAAAUGGCUCCCCAGGUAUUAAAAAGUCUUUUUUCCCAGCCCUGUGACAGAAGAAGAAGUUGGGAUUCCUCAGGUCUGCUUUUCAAGGUUGUUUAUUUUCUCUUAUCUGUUACAUUCUCUCUCUGACCUGCUGAGAU